AUGUCCAAGACAGUCCAACUCUUCGUGAUCGUGACAGCGGCGUUGUGCGGGAUGGUCUUCACGCUCAUCAGGUCAAAAAAAAUCGGCGGACUUGACUUCAAGUGCAAUCCGGUGAAUAUCUCCUACGCAACUGCGAUCACCUACGACCUUUGCGUGUCAGCUUGCGAAGGUGAACCACCAUCAUUCUCGCGCAUGUGGUUACUUCCCUAUCUCUCUCUCAUUUCACAGCUGCCGUUUGGCGCGAGACACCGUUUGGACAACUUCACUUCUGUUUUCCUGACCAUUGGGUCAACCAUGCUCGCGGGAUACACCUUGAUCUUAACAGUCCUCGAUAAUCGCUGGAUCGCUCGUCGUUUUGAGGCUCUGGCUUACCCGAACACCGUCUAUGCUGUUCGCGUUCUUACUUUUUUGCAUCAAGCACCCCUAAGAGUGGCGACCCAAAAAUCAUUACUCUCUUCUCUUGUCGUGCUACCACAGAACGAUGCCUGGUGGUAUGAUCUCGCCGACUUUCUCAAAUACACCCACACCUGGUCAAUUUCUGCAGCUACAUCCAUCAUAUGGGUCAUCGUGGCCUAUAUUCUUACUUUUGUCGAUUCCCUGGCGGACAACUCAAGCACUAAUUCAGCCUGGCUGUGGCUACCGGCCGUAGUCGUCGGAUGGCUGCAGUUGUCUCCAAAAUGCGAUUUUGGCCGCUUAAAAAGUGUACUCGAUCGUGCAAGCGCCAUGUCGUACGUUGCAAGCCACCAAGGGGCUGUACGUCAUUCUUUCCUAUCAAAUGAAAGGGCUAUAUCCAUAGCUGUCCACGGGGAUGAAAAGCUUGACUCCUCUGAUGAAGGCCGAAGUCCACCGAUAUUCAAUUAUGCAAGAGCACUGCCAUGGGCAAAAGCUGUAGAGGAGAUUUUUGCUACGUUUCUAUUGGCUUCGGAAUACGCAUGGGCUCGGCGGCCUAGUGAAAAUGGUGGUAUACACCCUGAUCAUCGUUCAGGGGACCGAGAUGCGGUAGACGCCUAUCGCAGGCCGCGACAACCUGCUUAUCGUAGCCAUUGGCCCUCUGGUAUCUUUACUCGCAUGUUGUUCGCUUCUUUAAUGGCGUCUGCAUUGCAAUGGGGAACAAUCGGAGUGGCUGCGCUCAAUGCCUGGUACUCGCCACCGAAAGCUCUAGGAUGUCUAUCCGGCGCAUUAUCCAAUAUCGUGUGGAUGAUGCUAAUUGUGUCUAGCGUCCUUUCGCAUUAUUCCAACUCUUACGAUAAAUCAUUUACAAGUCGACCUGCUCGCGCCGCACAUGCUGCUAGAACCACAUCAGAAAUUCAAUAUCGGCUUGGGAAAAUGAUUGCAACACGCAACACUAUAUGGAUAAUUGUUGUAUGUUUAUUUCAGCUCAGCACUCUCUAUAACGAAUGCUACUGUGAAUCCGCCAAGCUGGGCCUAGGGAAUAAGGCAGAUGUAAUUAUGGAGUAUCUUCCACGGGAGCUUGACCAAGUGCGGAUAAUGUGGACGGUAGCGCUGGUGGUAACGUCAGGAAGUGCACUUGGAUUGGUCGGGUUGAUCAGUCUCGUCCUUGAUUCUCAUAAAUGACACUCAAUGGCAAUGGGUUGUAAUUACUGAAUUUUAUACAAAUCUUAAUCUUAGAAAUGUAUGUUACAAACAGUAGUGCAGGUACUGUACUUGA